CUAGCCAGUUACACAUUAGUCAGAGGCAGUCAGUCCCAUUGCGAUCCCUUUUUUUGUUAUUAGUUAGCUCAGUUAGGGUAACUGAUUAGUUAGUGUUUGUGAGCGAGUAGAGAGUGCAGUUCAGAGAGCGCAGAGAGGGAAAACUGGACAUGUAUACCACCUGGUCCUUUCAUCCUCCGCUUCCCGGGUACGACUUCACAGAGAUCAUCGGCCAAGGCGGCUAUGGCGUGGUGAAGCUCGCCCGCCAGUUGGCCACGGGUAGGGACGUGGCGGUGAAGAUCUUCCUGCGGGAACGCCGAGGCACCGCCUCACACAGUGUGGCCCGGGAAGCAAGCAUGCUGCGCAGCCUGCGGCACGACCACAUCGUCAAUCUCCUGGAUGAGAAGUGUCUGGGUAGGUUUGUGUUCCUGGUUAUGGAGCUAGCCAGCAGAGGCACCCUCCAUCGUUAUGUGUGGGAGCGAGGCGGCCUGGAGGAGCUCGAGGCCCGCUCGCUGUUCGCCCAGAUCCUAUCAGCGGUGGACUACUGUCACGCCAGCCGCGUGGCACAUAGAGAUCUCAAGCCAGGCAACAUAUUGUUGGACACGAACAUGAAUGUCAAACUGGCUGACUUUGGGUUGAGCCGCCGGCUGCCUGAGGGAGCGUGGGUAAGGGGCUUCUAUGGGACCCCGGAGUACUGUGCUCCAGAAAUGUUUUCCGGGGAGGAUUAUGAUGCCUUUCAGGCAGACAUGUGGAGUUUGGGGGUGACUCUCUUUGGGAUGCUGACAGCGACACUGCCCUUCACUGGGGCGACUGCGGGGGAGCUGCAGAACCGCAUCAUGGCUGGCCACUAUGUGCUGCCGCGGCCCUUCAGCCUGGGCCUGACGGACCUGCUGGGCUUCCUGCUCAGCGUAGAGGCCUGGGCGAGGUUCACGGCCGAGGUGGCCAGGACGCACUGGUGGUUUGGCACCUGUGAGGAGGUGCGCCCCGAGAGCCCAGUCACUCUUGUGGAAGUCUUAAAUGUUCCCCAGGACCCAGAAGCCAGGCAGUACCUCGCAGGGCUAGGUCUGCUGCCUGGCAGCAGAGAAGAGAGGACUCUGGACCCUGUGCCCCAGAACCUGGGGUUCCAGCCACCUUCCGUCUUACCGAGCGCUGGAAGCCACAAGACGCAGCACUGCUUGUGUUGGAGCUCCAUCCAUAGCGAUACUGCCUGCUCUCCACAAAGCUCUUUCACAGCCAGCCGCUUCCAAGAGAGCUCCAGUGAGUAUGUCCCCCUGUACCCAGUCUUUGCCCCUCUGUUUCCUCUGGAACCUGGGCCCCAGGCCGCCACAGAGGCCCACAGCCCUUGCUCCUUCUUACUAGGCCACCUGCAAGAAGAGAGAAGCUACGUUCCCAGUGCAUCCCAAGAGUCACCAGUAUCUGAGGCCUCCUGCUUCAAGGCCAGCACCAGCACCCCAAAGCGCCUCUCAGAUCCAGAAGUGGUGACAGCAAGUGAACCUGAGAAUACUGGCACCCCAGCCAUCACCAAGAAGAGGAAGAAGGGUUUCCAGGGUGUCUGCAGGAGUAUCCUCAGGUUCCUGCAGUGCACCUGCUGUAUCCGGCAGGCUCCAGACACAGGUCCCAGCCUGCACUCCCGAAAAGUGCUCCUGCGCUCCCGAAAAGUACUCCCAGAAGGCUCCCCGAGGUGCAGGUGA